CACGGUUCUGCAGUGCAACUCCGAGUCCAAUCAGCUGAUUCACUCACACAAACCCAGUCAAAGAUGUCGACUUCGCCUGGUCCCACGGCAAAAGACAACCAGUGCUACACCACUGGAACCAGUCAUGCCAACACCUACGCCCAAGCCGAGCCUCAGAAAGAAUCUGCCGAUCGACUCCUGGAGUCACUUGGCUACAAGUCUGAGUUGAGGCGCAAUCGAUCGACGGCGCAAGUAGCAUUCAUGUCCUUUGUUUUAGCCUCAAUUCCUUAUGGACUUGCGACACAGCUAUACAUACCAAUCCUCGGCGGAGGUGCUGUGACCAUCAUUUGGGGUUGGCUGGCGGUGUCGCUCGUCACUAUAUGCGUCGCGUUGUCUCUUGGCGAGAUUACGAGUAUCUAUCCAACGGCUGGAGGUGUCUACUACCAGGCGUUUAUGUUGGCGCCCCCAUCAUGGCGUCGCCUUGCCAGCUGGAUUUGCGGCUGGCUGUACACUGUAGGUACGAUUACGAUUACUCUAUCCGUCAAUUUCGGAACGGCUCUAUUCUUCGUGGGCUGUAUCAAUGUCUUUGAAUCGAGUCCGGGGAUUGGUAUCUUCCAGCCAACUACCUGGCAGCUGUACCUCCUCUUCUUUGGCAUAACACUUGUCUGUAACGCGAUAUCGAGCCUGGGAAAUUGUUAUCUCCCAAUUCUAGAUACAGCAGCCAUCUUCUGGACAUUCGCCGGCGUUAUAGCCAUCACCAUCACUGUCCUCGCUCUAGCCAAGAACGGCCGCCGUGAUGCAAGAUACGUCUUCAGCGACUUCGAACCUCACUCCGGCUGGCCCUCAGGCUGGGCGUUCAUGGUCGGACUGCUCCACGCAGGCUACGCGACCUCUUCCACCGGCAUGAUCAUCUCCAUGUGCGAAGAAGUCCGCGACCCAUCUCUGCAAGUCCCAAAAGCCAUGGUCGCCACCGUCAUCAUCAACACCCUCGCCGGCCUCCUAUUCCUCAUCCCCUUAGUCUUUGUCCUCCCGGACCUCUCCUCCCUCAUCAACAUCGCACAACCCUUCCCGGUCAUCGUCAAAUCCGCCGUCGGAAGCCCCGGCGCCACCAUCGCGCUCUGCCUCCCCCUCCUCGUCCUCUCCAUCCUCUGCGGAACCGGCUGCACCACCGCCGCCAGCCGCUGCACGUGGGCGUUCUCCCGCGACGCCGCCAUCCCCGGCUCACGGUGGUGGAAGGUAGUGCAUCCGACGCUCGACGUCCCGCUCAACGCGAUGAUGCUCUCCAUGGUAUCCCAGCUCCUCCUCGGACUUCUCUGGUUCGGGUCCACCGCCGCGUUCAAUGCGUUCUCUGGCGUCGGGGUCAUCACACUCACGGCCGCGUAUGCAGUGCCCGUUGCGAUUAGCCUCUUCACUGGUCGCCGGGCCGUCGCGCGUGCUAGGUUCAAUCUCGGGCGGUGGGGGGCGGUUGUGAAUGUCGUUGCUCUCGCUUGGUCGUGUCUGGCGAUGCCGCUGUUCUGCAUGCCGGUUUCUAUUCCCGUCACUGCGACUACGGUUAACUACGCUCCAGUCGUCUUCGUGGCGGCGACGCUCGUCUCGGCGUUUUGGUAUGUGGUUAAGGGGUAUCGUGAUUAUCAGGGGCCGCCGACGCAGGCAUGUGAGGACUGA